ACAAACGCUUUAGUGCAUCACACAAAGUUACAAAGCAAAAGAAGAGAGAAACCGAAUGAGAGCGCCCUCUUCAACAUCAACACUUUACUCCUUCCUCUUCCUCUUCCUUUUCCUAACCCUUCCAUCAUCCUCAGGGGACGACUGCUCCCAAUACCACCACGCGCCCAUGGCCACGCUCGGAGGCCUUCGCGACUCCCAUCCCUCUCAGAACGCCUUAGAAACCGAACCCCUCGCGCGUUUCGCCGUCGAUCAACAUAACAUGAAACAGAGUGUUGACUUGUGCUGGUUGGUGUUGAAGAAUUCGCUCCUAGAGUUUUCUAGGGUGGUGAGGGCACGGGAACAGGUUGUUGCAGGUACCCUGCAUUACCUUACCCUUGAGGCUAUUGAAGCUGGUGAGAAGAAGAUUUAUGAAGCCAAGGUGUGGGUGAAACCCUGGAUGAACUUCAAAGAACUCCAAGAGUUCAAGCCUGCUGGUGAUUCAUCAGCAUUUACCUCUGCUGAUCUUGGUGUCAAAAAGGAUGGCCACAAGCCAGGAUUGCAAUCUGUGCCAACACAUGACCCUCAAGUUCAGGAUGCAGCAAAUCAUGCAAUCAAGACAAUCCAGCAAAGGUCUAAUUCAUUAGUACCCUAUGAACUUCAUGAGGUUGCAGAUGCUAAGGCUGAGGUCAUUGAUGAUUUUGCCAAGUUUAAUCUGCUUCUCAAGGUCAAGCGGGGAGAGAAGGAAGAGAAGUUCAAGGUAGAGGUACACAAGAAUAACCAAGGUGGCUUCCAUCUAAAUCAAAUGGAACAAGAUCAUUCCUAAUUCUGAUCUGAAGCAAUAUAGGCCUGGGUGACUUUUAAACUAUACUCUCUUUUUCAAUAUGGGGUGUAUGAGUCAUUACGACUCAUUAUCUAUAUGUUUCACAGAAUUUAUACUUCUCGGGUAUUGCUCUUAUUUCUGUCUCAACAAGUAUACUGGUUCUUACCCGUCUCUCUGGGUCUUGGCAAAUAAAACGUGUAGCUACCAUGAAGUAUUACAUAUUAGUAACUCUUUUUAACGUAUGUAUUGCAUUAGUAACCUAAAAAACUGUGGAUGUUGACCA